CCUACACUAUUGUAUACAGUCUAUGGUCCUACAUGGCACUAUUAUAAUGUUAAAGGGGAGGGGGGGUCAACUUUGCAGACCCCGCCUCCAGACAAGUUACUGUCGGAGAAACAAAGUCAAACCUCCUCUCUCUGCCGGCUGUCUUCUCUCUGGUCCAGGCUCCUGCCCCUUUGCAGAGCCCUGACAUUUUAGCACCAUGGAGCUCCGUUAUGCGCUAAUAUUUUUCUGCCUUAUUAUUCCACUGUGCACUUCGAACACUGAUCUGAGCAGUCAUUUCGUUUUGGAGCCCUAUGACUUGCUCUUCGACACGGCGGUGGAAGCCUACAAUAAGGGGGACUGGUUGACUGUCAUCCUGAACAUGGAGAAGGCGCUCAGGAACAAAGCUACGGUCCGCAGUGUGAAGGCUCAGUGCCGGCUGAGCUGCGCCAACCAGACCGCUUUCGGUGAUAGUCAGUCUGGCUUGGAAAUUCCCAUACCGGGGGCCGGGUCUUUGGAGGACCUGGGCUUCUUCCAGAAAAUCCUGAAACGGGUCGACUGUGUGAACUCCUGCGAGAUGGACAAACUGGGUUCACCCACUCUGCACCAAGUCACCGAAGAAGUGACGCUGGAGUUCAACAAGAGGACCCCGUAUAAUUACCUGCAAGUCGCAUAUUUUAAGAUCAAUAAGCUGGACAAGGCGGUGGCAGCGGCCAACACAUUCUUCCUGGCCAACCCAGAUCACAUGGAGAUGAAACAGAACCUGGAUUACUACAAGAUGAUGGCCGGAGUGCAGCCAGAGGAUUUUAAAGAUUUGGAGGCUAGGCCACAUAUGGCCGACUUCCUGCUGGGGAAGAGUUACUACAGCGAUGACUCAUUCGGCCUGGCGGCUGAUCACUUCGAGGUGGCAGUAGAUGAGUACUUCACUGCCGAUAAGGAGUGCAGAGUGCUGUGCGAGGGAGCGUACAACUACGACGGCUACAACUACAUGGAGUACAGUGCUGACCUGUUCCAGACCAUGACAGACCACUACAUGCAGGUACUGAACUGUAAGCAGAACUGCGCAGUAGAGAUGGCCUCAAGUGCUGGCAAAGCCAAGCCUUUUGAGGACUUCCUCCCCGCGCAUUUCAACUACCUGCAGUUCUCCUACUACAACAGUGAGAAGUACGAGCAGGCCAUAGAGUGUGCCAAGACCUUCCUCCUGUUCCACCCUGACGAUGAGGUGAUGAAGCAGAACCUGGCUUAUUAUUCUGCCGUGCUGGGUGAAGUCAAAGCAGGAACUAUAUCAGCCAAACAGGUGGUGAAACUGUACAUCCAGCAGUCCAUACUGGAAAAAGAGCUGCUCUACUUUGGAUAUGAAGCCUUUGGAAUCACAUUCGUAGAUCCAGACACAUGGACUCCUGAAGAUGUCAUGCCUAAGAAACUGAGAGACAAGCAGAAAGCCGAAAAAGAGACUGCAGCGAGGAUCACAGAGGAAAUAGGAAACCUCAUGAAGGAGAUUGAGACUAUGGUUGAGGAGAAGAAGAAGGAUUCUUCAGAUAUGACCGUCAUAAUAACACCGCAGGAAGGUGGCGCUCUGUUGUAUGAUGACAUCAAGGUGACCAUGACGUCCAUGCAGCUGAACGGCUCUCAGCGGGUGGUGCUGGACGGCGUGAUCAGUGAUGACGAGUGCAGGGAGCUGCACCACCUCUCCAAUGCUGCUGCUCUGAAAGGGGAUGGCUACAGGGGGAGCCCUUCCCCCCACUCCCCCGGUGAGAUGUUCCAGGGAGUCACUGUCCUGAAGGCUGUGAAGCUCGGACAGGAGGGGACGGUUCCUCUGAAGAGCGCUCGUCUGUUCUUCGACCUCAGCGAGAGGGUGAAGAAGGUGUUGGAGUCGUACUUCCAUCUGGACGCUCCGCUCUACUUCUCCUACUCACACCUGGUCUGUCGCUCCGCCAUCGUUGAGAAGCAGGAGGACCGGGAGGACCUGAGUCACCCUGUUCACGUGGACAACUGUCUGCUGGUCUCUGAGCUCAACGAGUGUAUAAAGGAACCUCCUGCGUACACACACAGAGACUACAGUGCCAUCCUUUAUCUAAACGAUGACUUUGAGGGAGGAGAUUUCAUUUUCACUGAGCUGGAUGCUAAAACAGUCACGGCCGAGGUGCGUCCUCAGUGCGGACGCGUGGUCGGGUUUGGAGCGGGGAAGGAAAACCCCCAUGGUGUCCGAGCCGUCACCAAGGGUCAGAGGUAUGCUGUGGCGCUGUGGUUCACCCUGGAUCCUGCGCACGAAGAAAAGGAGAGAAUCCAAGCUCAGGAUAUGCUGAAGAUGUUUUCUACCCCUGUGAAUGCGGAGUUCAUUAAAAACGAGGUGAGUGACACCUCCGAGUCCUACCUGACGACAUCAGAACUUCCUGCACAGGCUGUCCAGGAACAAGCAGACACUAAGCUAGAAGAUAAACCAGCAGAGCAGAAGCCAGAUGCACCAGCAGACACGCAGGCUGACAAACCAGCCGACUUGCCGAAGGACAAAGUGGAGGAGAAACCAGUCGGCAAAACAAAAACAGGCACGAAAGCCAAAGCAAAGGCCAAGACAGGCGACAAAGUCAAACCUGCUGCUAAGAAAGAUGGAAAACAGUUGGUUAAAACACAAGCCAAGCAGGUAGUCAAAAAGGACGCAAAACCGGCUGCAAAAAAGACAGUAAAAGUUGCCGCCAAGAAGGACUCCAAAAAAGCUGAAGCUGACGACACGUCGACCACAGACUCUCAGAGCGGCAAGCAGGAGCUGUGAUCCUGCAGCACUACAGACUCUAUGUGCUGUUUACUUUUCUACUAUUUUCUACGCGGUCUCUUCUGUGGGUGGGUGAAUGAAAACGGAAAGGUUGAGUUAGUAAAACGCUGUUUCACUGCAGGUGUCACUGAAAUCAUUACUUGACAAUCAAACUGCUAGAUUCCCCAAAUCAACUAAAACAUUCUUUUUUUUUUUUUUUUUUUAAUAAAAGCUUUGCAUUUGA